GAAAACCAAGCUUCUCGCAGCAUCGCAUACCCUCCCCCCUUCCACCUCCCACAUCCACACCAUGGCCGCCGUUAACGACACGCGCGCCGCGUUCGCGGCCGGCGACUUGGACGUGCCAACCCAGGACGUCCAGGUCGACCUGACAAAGCUGACGGCGCUCUCGCCCGAGGUCAUCUCGAAGCAGGCUACUAUCAACAUCGGCACCAUCGGACACGUCGCACACGGAAAGUCGUCGACCGUGCGCGCCAUCUCGGGCGUGCAGACCGUCCGUUUCCAGAGCGAGCUCGAGCGUAACAUUACCAUCAAGCUUGGCUAUGCCAACGCCAAGAUCUACAAGUGCAAGAACCCCGCGUGCCCCCCUCCCACCUGCUACCGCUCCUACCCGUCGUCCAAGGAGCUGCACCCCAAGUGCGAGCGCCCAGGCUGCGACGGACGUAUGGAGCUCAUCAGGCAUGUGUCGUUUGUCGACUGCCCAGGACACGACAUUCUCAUGGCCACCAUGCUCACCGGUGCGGCGGUGAUGAACGGCGCACUGCUGCUCAUUGCCGGCAACGAGUCGUGCCCGCAGCCCCAAACAGGCGAGCACCUCGCUGCGCUCGAGAUCAUCGGCAUUGACCCGCACAACAUUGUGAUUCUGCAGAACAAGAUGGACCUGGUGCGCGAAAGCGACGCGCUCGACCACUCUGAGCAGAUCCGCCGCUUUGUCGAGGGCACGACGGCGCGCCUCGCCCCCAUCAUCCCCGUGUCCGCGCAGCUGCGCUUCAACAUUGACGCCGUCGUGCAGGCGAUCGCGCAGAUCGCGCCGCCAAAGUACGACUUCACGGCGGACCCGCGGAUGGUGGUGAUCCGUUCGUUUGACGUGAACAAGCCCGGCGCGACGGUCGACGAGCUCAAGGGCGGCGUCGCGGGCGGCUCGAUCCUCCAAGGCGUCUUCAAGGUCGGGAUGGAGGUCGAGAUCCGCCCGGGCAUCAUCACGCGCGACGCCAACGGCACGUGCACGUGCCGGCCGCUCAAGUCGAAGAUUGUGUCGCUGUACGCCGAGCAGAACCAGCUGCAGUUUGCCGUGCCCGGCGGCCUCAUUGGUGCCGGCACACUCGUCGACCCCGCGCUGUGCCGCGCCGACCGCUUGCUCGGCAUGGUCAUGAGCGCCGUCGGCAAGGGGCCGUCGAUCUACACCGAGAUCAAGGCCGAGGUGUUCCUCCUCCGCCGCCUGUUGGGCGUGCGCACCGAGGACUCGAAGAAGGCGCGUGUGUCCAAGGUCGUGGUGGGCGAGACGCUGUUCAUCAACAUUGGUGCGUCGCAGACCGGCGGCCGCAUCCAGAACAUCAAGGGCGCCAUGGUCACCAUCGCCCUCACCACCCCCGCGUGUGCCGAGAAGGGCGAGAAGAUCGCCCUGUCCCGCCGUAUCGACAAGCACUGGCGUCUCAUCGGCUGGGGCGAGGUCAAGAGCGGCGGUGUGCUCGCCGAGGUGCGCGAGGAGUGAGCAUGGAGUGGGGAUAGGGCGGCUGAGGCGAGAGGGCCGCGUGAGAGGGUUGGCGCGCACGCCGACGUAGUAAGACUCGAUAGCAUGCACUGGCAUUAGAUACGCGGGUGUGUUGCUGUGUCGGAGUAGACAGAGUGGGGCGGUGUGCGGUACUCAGAGAGCGCCACACAUAAUACAUAUACUUUAGCCAGGUGAUCGCUCUUGAGCUCCGCAAACCAAAUCAGAGUUCAGCACUGAGCCGAUCUUGACCGACGCCGAGUACAGCAAGUCGGCCUCGCUCUAGCCCCAGUCCCCGCACACACUCCUGCACUACCACAUCUCAUCGUACACUUGCAUAUAUGCUACACCAUGACUCGU